UUGCAUUUACCUGACGGGUGAGUGUUUCAGCUGGUUUAUCAAGCGAAGGUGUGGCGUUGACUGCUCAUUACACAUACAGAGAGCGGACAGAGAGUCCGCUGACACUCAAACGUGAGGAGAGCCCUCAGUCAGUCAGCAGAUCUUAUUUUGACCUUGAAGUUUUGACACUUUUGGAUCGAGUUCUACAGUUCAAACAAAGCCAAAGGCAAACAAUGGGGUCGACAGAUACGACUUACGACAACGUUUCUCACGUGAACCAUGGUUUCCAGCAUGACGAGCAGCGGCCUCCUCCAUAUGCACCACAUUCUGGAAUAAACCCGGCUUUACCUCAGUACCCCAGUCCUCAAAACCCACAAUAUCCAUACCAGAAUGCCCCUCCGUCAUACCAUUCAGACAGAUACUCGCCUGCUCAGAACCUGCAUCAGUAUACGCCUCAAACAGCACCUGUUAAUACACACCGCACGGGCGCACCUGGACUCAACCUUGACGCUAAUCCAGUUCACAAAGUGUCCAGGAGAAAAAAAUGGCCAAUAAUCCUUAGCGUACUCAUCUUCCUACUGAUCGCUGCUGGAGCCGUAGCUGUGGUGCUUUGGUAUUAUGGUGUGUUUGAUUGUUAUCAAGGCCGUCGCUGUCAAACAGAUAACAGAUGUGUCAGCUCGUCGCAGUGGUGUGACGGUGUGCUGGACUGUCCGUCAGGAGACGAUGAAUCUCAGUGCUAUCGUCUAUAUGGAUCUAAUUUCCAUCUUCAGAUGUUCUCAAAUGAAAGCAAAAAAUGGGAGAAUGUGUGUUCAAAUGGAUGGAAUGACAACCUUGGCAUGCAAGCAUGUGAGAAGUUUGGAUACGAGAGGAACACUUAUGUAGGUUUUGAUGAGAUUGACAGUUCAGAUUGUCCAUCUAAUAAAGCAGUGACACUCAAAUGUAUAGACUGUGGACAGAACAACGGGAGGCGAAUUGUGGGAGGAACCACUGUGAACUCAGGGGGGGUGUGGCCAUGGCAGGUCAGCCUGCAGUCUUUCGGAAACCAUUUGUGUGGUGGGUCUAUCAUUACACCUUCCUGGAUCGUCACUGCAGCUCACUGUGUUAAUGGGCGUUCAAAUCCAGAUGGAUGGACUGUGUAUGCUGGAUAUCUGACUCUUUCCGAGAUGCGGCGCGCCACUGGCAAUUCUGUAAGCCGAAUUGUCAUGCACGACUUCGACCCGAGAACCGAUGAAAAUGACAUUGCCCUGAUGAAGCUAAGUCGUCCACUCACAAUUACAUCAAACGUCCGGCCAGUGUGUCUGCCCAAUAAAGGCAUGUACUUUGAAGCGCCGCGGGAAUGUUACGUCACUGGAUGGGGGGCACUAACUUAUGGAGGAUCUGUCUCAGAAAACUUACAAGAAGCCAAAAUCAGGCUAAUCAACAGAACAACGUGCAACAGCCGACCAGUGUAUAACGGACAAAUCACAGACACCAUGAUCUGUGCUGGCAAACUGGAGGGCGGCGUGGACUCCUGUCAGGGCGACAGUGGGGGUCCUUUGGUCGCAAAGGAGAAUUCUCUAUGGUGGCUGGUUGGGGACACUAGCUGGGGUAGUGGAUGUGCUUUCAGAAACAAGCCUGGAGUCUACGGAAAUGUGACCUACUUCCUUGACUGGAUACAUGAACAAAUGCGGAAAUAUUAGCUUUUUUAGUUUAAAGCUUUUUGAGACGAGCAACUGAUCCAAAUCGCUGACUCUCAGGGACUGUGACGGUGUCCAGGAGAUGUUUUUUAUAGUUCUUGUUCUUAUUUUAAAUUUUGUUUUCACAUGAAUCUAAAAGAGCCAGUUAUUUAUUUUCACCAGUGUGUAUGAUGAAGUAAAUUGCACAUUAUGCCACAAUAUGCACUUUUUUUGUACGUUUUUGCGUGAAGAAUACAAUUGUACAAAUGAUUUUACAAAAAUCUCUACGUCACUGUUUUAUAUCACUGACACGUUUGUGUUCUCUGGGCUUCUUUGUCACCGCAACAGUUCACAUUUGCAUUAUUACAGUGUUUAAUAAUAGGGUGUGACAGGCAAUAAAACCACUCCCCUCAGCACUGUGGACAGACUUGGUGCAAACAAACUAGUUUUUUGAUGCUGGUUUAAGCUGGUCCUUUGCUGGUUUUUGCUGGUCACUAUAUAGAUAGCUGAAAUUGUUUUUACAACAUCAAGAUUUUAUGUUAAAAUGUAUAUGAAUGUCUGAAAUGUUUUUGCUAUUUUUACUCACCUAUUUGUCUUCACAUUAAAUGAAUUUUUAUAAAUAUA